AUGGGUUCUCAUUUUAUUUUUGGUGUAGCAUUUUCAAACUUUCUACAUUGCAUACUUUUUGCUGUAGAAGCAGUGGCUGCACGGUAUUGCAGAUACAACAACUUCUGGUUCAUGGAAGAGAUUACUAGCCAUGGUUUUAAUGGUAUUAAUAAUGCUGCAAAGAAGAAGAGAAGCCAAACUUCUCGCCGACCUUUAGAUGAUGUGAGCAAGAUCUCAAGUGAUGAGAAUGUUGGUUCUGAUAAUAAAUCUAAGCAGAAAGAGCGAGAAACCCCAAAAAGGGGUAAGAGGGAGGAUGGAGGAUUUAACAUUUUCUACAAUAAUGAACCAGGGCAAAGUGGUCGUAACAACAAACGUGCUAGUGAAGGUGUGCUUGCCCCUGCUAACUGGAGAAGGAAUGGUGAAAGCCAGAGUCCAGGGCUGUUGGGAGUGAAUAGUGAUGGUUUAGGAAAUGAGAGUAAGGUGAACAAAGUUAAGCUCAAGCUUGGUGGUGUCACACACACCAUACAGGCCAACUCCACAGCCAACGUUGUGACCGGAAAUGCUUCAAAGAAUUCCCAAUCCCCAGAUGACUUCAGACCAAGGCAGAAACAGAAACUUCAGGGAAUUUCCGAUGGUAGCCUUUCCCCUCCAGAUAAGAGAGCUGGCCAUCGAGGGAGAGGUGGCUUUAGUUUUGGGAAGGAGAAUCCAUUGAUGGGGAAGAGCUCUGGAAAGAAUUCCUCUGGGAAACAAGGAGAUCACCCUGGUGCUUUUCGAAAGAGCAAGCGGGUAUCUAAGAGGUGUGUGCUGGAUGGAGAAUUUGAAGAUGAUGAUGAUGACGAGAUUAGAUACCUGGAGAAACUUAAAACUUCAAAGUCCACUUCAGGAUGUAAAGAUGAUGAUGAAGAAUCAGGCCAAAAACAUCAGAAACUUUCUAGAUUGUCUAAUUUGGAAAAUAUUGGCUCUUCAAGGUCAGUCAAAGAGGGAAAGAAAAAGUCCAGGCCUGAUAGAGUGUCUCGGGACACUGACUAUGAGGACGAAGAAGAGGAGCCAGCGUCUGAUGGUGAUACCGUUGAUAGAGAGAAUGAAAAACAGAAGAAAGAAUCUAUCGAUUCAUUGAUGGAUAAUAAGAGGGGAAUAGCACUGACGACACGACAAAGGGCACUUCAGUCUAGCAAAGAAAGCUCUUCUGCUCCAGGUCCAAGUUUAAUUGAGUUUCCAAAUGGUUUACCACCUGGCCCACCUAGAAAGCAAAAGGAGAAACUCACAGAAGUGGAACAGCAACUUAAAAAAGCGGAAGCUGCACAGAGACGAAGAAUGCAAGUUGAGAAGGCUAAUAGGGAACAAGAGGCUGAGGCUAUUAGAAAAAUACUUGGUCAAGAUUCCAGCAGGGAGAAGCGGAAAGCACUACAGAAGAAGCGCCAGGAUGCAUUGGCACAGGAGAAGGCUGCAGAUGCCCUGUUGCUUGCAUCAAGUACUAUCAGAUGGGUCAAGGGUCCUACUGGGACUGUUGUGACAUUUCCCAAAGAUAUGGGCCUCCCUAGUAUUUUUGAAUCAAAACCCUGCAGUUAUCCUCCUCGACGUGAGAAUUGUGUGGGUCCAUCUUGUACUAACCCAUACAAGUAUCGAGAUUCGAAAUCCAAGCUUCCUCUUUGCAGUCUCCAGUGCUAUAAAGCAGUCCAAGAAAAACUCCAGGCUGAAACUACAUGCUGAUAUUGCCAAUAAUCUUGGUCCUGCUGUGGCACAUGAGAUAGUUCUGCACAUUAAUAUUUGUAAAUCUUUGUUUGGAGGCUGGCAGAAGUUAAUGUUCUUUCUAACUUCAUUUAUUUAGGGACAUGGAUACGUGUAUUCUCAUUGGCUGUAUAUACAGCCCAACUUAACAUGGUACACAGCAUUUGCCUGCUGAACUUUGUGUUGCACAUUAAUAAGAGGAUUUGAUUAGUCUUGUUGUAA